UCAAAACAUUCAAUUCGAGCAAUUCGAGCAGUUUUGACGUAUCUCUCCAGCCGUCGGUUUCUUAUUGGAUUCAGCAUCAGCUGAUCGAUCAAAAAUAGUAAACAUUUUACCUAUCCCUGUGUCGAAGCGCUCAACAGUGUUGAUAAGCUGCACAAAGGCAUCCAACUCUAGUGAAAUCGAAUCUAGUUUGUAAUUUCAGCUGUGAUAAAAAUGGCCCAAAUGGCUAUCACAUUGCUCACGAGAGCAAUCGAAUACGACAUGAACGGAAGGAAAUUGGAGUCUCUCAAGUUGUACGAAGAUGGAAUCGAGGCACUGCUAAAGGAAUCCAAAGCGGAAACGGAUCCCAAGCGGAAGCAGCACUUUCAAGCCAAAAUUGUCGAAUACAUGAACCGAGCAGAGCAGGUGAAGGACCAGGUGACACGAUGGAAGAGCAGAGGGGAAAUACGGGACAAAAUGCACGUCGUCGAUGGCGCAACAGGUUACAGCUAUGGUCGCGUUUUUGGGCGCUACAUGACGGAUGAUGUGAAGGAAAUCUUGGUGGAAGAACCGUACGUGAGGGAACACCACCAGCUGUGUAAUUUGGUGAUGUUUAGCGAGCUGGCAGUGACGAGCUGUAAGAAUCUGAAGUUCAUCAAACUGUUGACGGUGCGAGAGCAGAAAAACAACGACGAACAGGGGCGGGCGUUUCAAACGUUGAAGGACAGUUUGAAGAAGCAAGGCGUCGAGUUCUUCGUGGAAUAUUCGGCGAAUAUGCACGAUCGUCAAGUGAUAUUGAGUAACGGAUUCAUCGUCAAAAUUGGACGAGGGUUAAACUAUUUUAAGCCAUCCCCUAGCAAAUACUGUCUUGGAGCUUUCAAUUACCACUUUCGAGAGUGCAGAGAAACAAAUAUUGAUGUAUUUUAUUGCCCUGAAAACGAUAAAGCAUAGAUUUCGAAAGUAAA